UAGAUCAUGACAUCCGAACUUGAAUUAUUGAAACAGCGUAUCACUGAACUUGAGGCUGAGAAUGCAGAGCUUAGGAAGGAGAAUACUGAACUUUUAAAGCAGAUUAUGGAGGAGAACACUAGACGUGAUGUUAGAGUUGAGAAACUGGAGCAAAAAAAUAAGGAGCUUGAGACCAGACUUGCGAUAGUGGAACAGGCUUCCUUACCAGUGGAAGAGCAGACGUAUAAUGAUAAUCCUUCUGACAAUAGUACAUCUAACUUUAAUUCAGUUACAGAGUAUCAUGAGAAACUAUUAGUGAAUGUGGAAACAGAUAAUUCCUUAAUGGCUAACGGCAAAUCGUUGGAAGAGAAAGAUAUGGAUAGUUUCUUGCUUGAGGCUCAUAAGAAAAUCGUUAGUAGUGAAAUAAAGCAAUGCAAUAAGGAGAAGAAACUUUUGCGUGAGUCAGCCUUCCUUAAGGUAUUACCUUCUGCAGGAAAUAAUCCAACUGUUUUCUCGGGAAACGAUAAAAUUGAAAGUAGUACAAAAACCAUUUCCUCAGGAAAUGAUCAGAUGGUUUCAGAGAAGUCGGAAAAAAUUGAGAAAACUUCAAGAAAUCAGCAAAAGGUUAUUCAAGAUUUUGACGACUCUGAUGAAAUCAAGCUCACUAAAAAUCAGAAUAUAGAACUUGAUUUAAUACGAGAUUUACAGAGUGGCAGUAUUAUUGCUUCACUUUCCGAAAUUAGUGAGCAGUAUUCAUCCUCUUGCGAAGCAUCUUACGGCCAAAUUACAACACAAAGCCUAAUCCAUUUGUUUCGAAAUGCAACACGAGCUGGACAUGAAGAGAUUUUGUCCUGGGUUCAUUAUUCAGAUAAUUUUGAAAAUGAGGUUGUUGAAAUUCGUCGUGAGACAGGAGUUACUGAUAAAACUGCAAGAACUCAAAUAUAUAAGGAAAUGUUAGAACAUCUGGCUGGUAUUACGCCUGUUGCCUUGCGAAUUAAAACUCUUAGAGCCAAAAAAGUUCGCAAAAUUGUUUGGAGAGAAUGGUAUCAAGUAACCUCAAAAACUGUUUUCUUGGGAAACGAUCAGAGUCAUGUGCCUUCGAAAACCAUCAAUGGUGAUGCAUCUUCGAAACUUGCAUCAACUGCACCUAUUCCUUCAACCCACGUCUCUGCUGAAGGCGCUAAAGGCAAUAAUUCUUCAAAUGAUUCCUCUAGAAACAGUUCAAAGAAUAUACCCAAAGCUAAUGAUGAUCUUAUGCCUACGUCAAUGGAAAAAAGAACUAAUGAAGUUAAAAGGUCCCUCAGGGAGGCCUCAAAGAGGCGGGACCAGACAGAUGAUGAUAGUGAUGAUAGUGAUUGUAGUCACAACAGCGAUUCUGAAGAAGAGAGGCUAGAUGAUUCAGAUGAUGGAUACGAUGGAUACAGUGGAUACGGUGGAUACGAUGAAUACGGUGGAUACGAUGAAUACGAUGAAUGGGGUAAUCAUGAUAGAGUAGGCAGAAAAUGCUGUGGAAAGCCAGAACUUUCAGUGAUGGUUGGAUGUGAUAUCACAGGCCUUGAUUAUGAUGAAAUGUCAGAACGCAUCAAAGCUACUACGAAAUUUGAUUUUGUCUAUGUACAUAAGAAGAAGGAUAAAGGUUUUGGUCAUAUUCACUUUGAAUCAUGGGAAGAAUCAUCUCAGUUUUAUUAUAGUACGAAGGAUAAGCAUUUCUACUAUGAUGGUGAUAAAGAAAGAGGUCUAAUACACUUUUAUGGUGCAACUUAUUAUAAUUCUACUCGAAAGGUUGUUUAUAAAAUGGAUACUGAGACGGCCAAUACUGGAACCUUAACUUCUGUUAUUAAGAUUAGUGACCAUAAUGAUAUAAAUGAGUAUGAGAGCCAUACAUUCAAUAUAGUUUUGCAUACACUUGGAAUAAGAAACAAAGCAGAUCUCUUAGUAUCUUCUGUUAGCAACAAGUUGAUUAUUAUUGAGGGGAAUUUCAGUGAAAAGUCUGUCCCCGGGAAAUCUAUCAAAAAUUUUUUACCUAUAGGACCGUUCAAAGCAGAAGUGGAGCUUCCAAGUGGAGUUAAAACCAUUUCAGUUAAAAUUGAGAUUGAGCAUGGUGUGUCAACUGUUACAUUGGAAAAAAGUAAAAAAGUUUUUGAAAUAAUCUAA